GAGGAGCGGGGAGAGGAAGGAGAGGAGAGAAGGGUAUAGAGGGAGCAUAGCUGAGUCAGGGAGUCGGAAAGGAAACCAGAGGCUCAGUUAUAGGUAGAAAUCUGCAGAGAUGGACUGAGGCGCUGGGAGCAGCAAGGAAGAUCAGAAGCUCAGCUUGAGACCAGGCCCCUCCCGCCCUGCCCCCCACCCGGAGCUGCCAUGUGGCCCCUGGCCGCAGUGAUCGCCUUCCAGACCAUGGCCUUGUCAGGCGGCAUCUCUCAGUAUCCCAAGAUUCUCGUCAGCAAUGGAACCAAUGGGUUUCUCCCCGGUGGCUGCACCUGCCUCCCCCACUCUCAGCCCUGGCAGGUAGCCCUGCUAGUGCAGGGGCGGCUGCUCUGUGGGGGAGUCCUGGUUGACCCCAGAUGGGUCCUCACUGCAGCACACUGUCUGAAGGAUGGAUACAGAGUUUACCUGGGCAAGCACUCCCUGGGGCAUGCGGAGGCUGGCGAGCAGGUGAGGGAAGUACUCCGCUCUAUCCCCUACCCUCUGUACCAGAGCAGCCCCACUCACCUGAAUCAUGACCACGACAUCAUGCUUCUGGAGCUGCAGUCCCCAGUCCAGUUCACGAGACGUAUCCGUGCCCUGCCCCUCUCCCAUGAUGACUGCCUCCCCGCUGGUACCUGCUGUCGGGUGUCUGGCUGGGGCACCACCACCAGCCCCCAGGUGAGUUAUCCACAAACCUUACAGUGUGCCAACAUCCAGCUACGCUCAGAUGAGGAGUGUCGUCAGGACUACCCAGGGAAAAUCACACCCAACAUGCUGUGUGCCGGCACGAAAGAGGGAGGCAAGGACUCCUGUGAGGGUGACUCCGGGGGCCCCCUGAUCUGCAAAGGAAAGCUCUAUGGCAUCGUAUCCUGGGGAGACUUCCCAUGCGGGCAGCCCAACCGGCCUGGUGUCUACACCCGAGUCUCUCAAUAUGUUUCAUGGAUUCAAGAAACAAUCCAAAAUCAGAAAACCCAGGAGCAGAAAUGGACAACGCGCCCACAAUAAAAGUUGGAUUGACUUUCCCACCUUCUUCCUUCCAAUGUGCCCCCCUUACUCAGUUUGCCCGCCCUUCUCUGCCCCGCGCAGAGGUUCCACUUGAACCAGUGAUCCCUGUCCUCAAAAUGUGUCAUCCCAGCUGACAUUCCGUGUUUCAAAAGCACUCAGUCACUGCCAGCAUCCCUGAAACAUCCCAGGCCCACGAACGUCCCAACUCUGAACAUAAACCCAAAUCACCAUGUAAAUGUUUUAUCUGCAGGACACUCACACCUCUCGCCCGUUCCUGUGAAUGGACCCUCCCUGACAACACCCUAUUCCGCUUCAGAUAUUUAUUCACUGCCAACUUUCUUAUCCUUCUAUGUUUUGUACUCAAGAUUCUAGACUCCCAUGACAUUUCAUUCUGAAAAUAUUCUCUUGUGCCCACAAUCUUCUGCCAUGACAACAUUCUGUGCCCAUCUGAAUGACUGACUCAUCACAGCUAAUAUUGGGUCCUCACAAUGGUUCAUGCUCACGCAGUUCCGGGCCUCCCAAAUGUCCUAUCUUUACCUACAGCCCACAUUCUGUCAAUAUCCAGCCUCUGCCAAUACUCCCAGGCUUUGAAUCCCCAUGUCCACUAAAGAUCAACAGCACUCCAGAGUCUGCAGUGAUGGGGUUCAGUAUCCCAAAGGGGGUCUCCACGCCUGGACCGUAUUUUCCACCAAUAUCCUGUCCUAUCUCCUCCAUGAAUACCCAUGUUCAGUGCCCCCUUGCUGUUUGCUGUUGUUACAUUUUCGCCCAUGACCCCAGAAUGCAGUGGUCAAACACUCAAGCCCUGAUUUAAACAAGUCAUAAGUCACCACCUCUUUUCUCAUCUGUAAAACAGGGUUCAUAAUUCUCCCUCAACAUUGUCAGGAUAAAUGUCAAGUGCUUGCCACUAUUAUUUGCAUGGUUCCCUAUAAAAUACUACCUUAGGAUGUCAAUAACAACCUUUUUGCU